AUUUGUUUCCACCCUGAAACAUCCUCCUUCUCCCCCCUCCCCUCCCCUCCAACUACUCUCGAGGGCUGUCUUGGUAUCUCAUCUACCAUGGCGUCGCUCUUCGCGCCCAAGGACACCACGACGGCGAGUGCAGCACCUAAUACCAGCAGCAUCUUCGGAACCAGCACCGCCGCUCAGCAACCAAACGACAAUGGCAGUCUAUUCAAGUCCGGCGUCAUCUCCACCAACGAUCAACCCAUCCCCCUCCUCGACCCUAAUGCGCCACCCGCUCAACCCGCAUACUUCGACGCGCUCCUCCAACGCGGCAAAAAGAGACAAACUGGCGAAAGCCUCAAUGCUUUUGGCGAGCUGCCCCAGCUGCAGCUAGGCUUGCAAGACAUUUCCAGGAAAGUGCGGAAUCUCGGGCAAGGCGGACCGUCUGCAGGUCUUGCGCGCGGAGCCGAUGCGAGGGCGCACUACCUUCUCUCUGCUUCUGGCGUCAACACUGGUCAAGCGCUACGCGACCUCGAUGAUCUUGCUGGCUCUACCGCUGCGGCGAGACCUGACGCGGCUACGACGCUCUCAUACCCGUCUGGUGUCAAAGAUACACUCGCGCAAAAGUACCGGAGCGAUUUCGAGAAGAUGGUGGAUUCGCAUGUGUUGAAGGCGCAGGAUGAAUUCAACGCCAUGGUGGAGGAGCGGCUGCAUGGAGUCAAUUGGGAUGCGCAUCGCCAGCGCAUCUAUGAGCACUUCGGCUUGAAGAAACCGCAGCCUGGAGAGGAUGGCGCGGCGAGCACGAAUGGAGCGCGUAGCGCCUUCGGUCGCUCUUCUCGGCGUGAACGGUAUGGGGAGUCAGGGAAUGAGAAGACAUUUGGCCUAGCGAGCUUGUCGCGCUCAAUUAUCGGCACACCGGGACCACGAGGCAUGCGCGCCAGCGUGUUCAACGAUGUCGCUGAGAAAAUGCCGGUCGAUGGCAUGCGUCCUGCUCCCGAAGACCGUGUGUUGCGGGGCAAGCAAGAGAAUUACGCAUCUCGGGUGAAGGAGCUGAACGUGAUGAGGCUGCAAGAGAAGGUCUUCCCAGUCUUGCAGAGGUUCUCGGAAGUCGAGUCCGAGCCGUCAAACGAAGACACGACCAUGCUUGUCCACGCUUUGAAGGCACUUAUUCGCAUCACCGGCGAAGAUGCGAGUGUGGAGAACGCAUCGGAUCCGAACGCUGUCAAGGAGCGACAGUACGCGGCAAUCUACCUCGAUGACAAUCUAAACUCCGACGGCGCAACUCGCAUGCGAAAGCGCAUCAUCGGUGGGUCCCGCAAAUUCCUCGAAGAGUUGUUCUACUCCCAGAUCGAGUCGACGGUCACACGAAACCCAAAGGAAGCCAACAUCGGCGGCGUGCCAACCGCCAUCGCCAAAGUCAAGGGCUACGUCCGCGUCCGCGCCGUUAGGAAGGAGCUGGGCCCGGACUUGGAGCUCUUGCAGGAAGUGAAAGGCGACUAUUGCUGGCCUGUCCUCUUCUACUUGCUUCGAAGCGGCCUGUACCAGGAAGCACUCGAAUACGUGGACGAGAACGCUAGCGCGUUCCGCCAGAUCGAUCGUGCCUUUACCCGCUACUUGCGUGCCUAUGUCACGAACGAGGACCACAAGCUCCCUCCCGACAUGCAGACUCAGAUCAACAAUGAGUACUCUCAGCGCUCACGUCUGGCUCCCGAGGACUCGAUUGAUCCGUACCGCAUGAUGUGCUACAAGGUCGUCGGCCGCUGUGAGCUGCAGAAACGCAACCUCGAAGGCAUCACGAACGACAUGAUGGACUGGAUCUGGCUGCAAUUCGCAUUGGCACGCGAGUACAAUCGUAUCGACGACUUCGCACACGAGGCCUUCGGGCUGGAUGAGCUGCGUCAAUCCAUCAAGGAGAUUGGCGAGAGGUACUUUGGCCCCGGCAGCGAUGUCGCAAACGCGCCGACGACCUUUUUCUUCAUGCAGAUUCUGGCGGGCAUGUUCGAAAAGGCCGUGGCGGAUCUGUAUCCGCAUAAUUACGUUUCGGCCACGCACUUUGCUAUCGCCUUGGACUUUUAUGGUCUUUUGCGAGUCAGCGGAGCCGGCAACAGCGAGGACUUGCUGACUUUGACGACUCGGCAACAACCUCAAAUUGCUUUCGGCAGCAUGGUUGGUCUGUACACUCGAGACUUCCGAACUGCAGAUGCCACGGCUGCUGUCGACUACCUCUGCCUGAUCUGCCUCAAUAGCGAUCUAGGUGGCGAGCUGGGCGUGUCGCAGCGAGACAUCUGCCACCAAGCUUUGACGGAAGUCGUGCUGGAGACUCGCGAGUUCGCCCAACUCCUGGGAGACAUCCGCUCUGACGGAACGCGCAUCAAAGGGGAGAUUGAGAAGCGUCUGAAGCUCAUUGGCCUCGGCGACGAGCGAGAAUUCCUGAAGCACAUCACCUUAGUCGCAGCCCGGACGGCGGAAGACCAAAGCCGGGUAACGGAUGCGGCGCUCCUGUUCCAUUUGGCGGAGGACUACGAGAAAGUGAUGCAAGUCGUCAUGGACGCGCUCUCGCUGGCCCUGACAACCGAGCUGGGAGAGCAAGCGGCGAAGUUGACGCCCCUCAAGCCGCGCACGCAGGAGCAAGAGCAGCCCAACAGCAGUCUCAGCCUCACCUCUAUCGACGACCCCAUCGAGCUCGCGCGGGACAUGUACGCAUUGUACGAGAGUCAACAAAUGUACUACCACAAGAUCAAAAGCGACGUGCGAGACUCGUGCAAGAUCUUGCUCCAACUCGCCAGCGCUCGCAGCGCACUCGAGCAAGGCAACUGGCCGAAAGUGAUUGACGACGUCACGGAAUCCGGCAUCCUCCCCACAGAAGUCAACGGCAACAUGACCGCCAUCCGCCAAACCGCGCAAGCCUUCAACGGCUUCCCCACCGCCGUCAGCCGCACGGUGGGCUACGUGAUGCUCUGGACGGUGCUGGCGUGCAGCAGCAACGUGGAGCGGCUGCGGGCCGCGGAGUUCGAGACGGGCGCGCAGCAGGACACGAUUGCGCGGUGCGGGCAUACGAGUCGCGACGUCAUGGUUUUCGCGGGCUUGAUUCGCUUCAAGUUGCCGGGGCGGGUGUGGGAUGCGCUUGCGCGGGUCGGGGGAAAUGCGGGAGUGUAUUGAGGUGGAUGCUGAAGGAUUAGGAUAUCGUGCGCUGCGUGAUGAAGACAAUAGUCCCAUACAAUCCCAGAUGAACACCGCCCCAACAUCAUCAAAUCAACGUAGCCAUCAUCAGCAAAACACAACCUAUCUCCAUCCCCACCUCUCCACUCCCUGCGCAGCACUCAAAUCCCCCCCAACACCAGCACCAGCACCCCCCUCC